AUGAAAUGCGUUGCGACAGCCGUCGCAUUUGCUUGUUUAGCUUUACUCAUAACAGCCGAGAUCGAAAUUCUGUAUCCGUCAUCAGCGUAUUGGCUAGUGUCCAAUACUACAGCAGUCCUGUUAUGGAAUUCAACCGACGCAACUAAUGAUCCAACGAGUUUUUCUAUUUUUCUGACUAAUCCUGCAACCAAUAACGUAGUGACCGCUACAAAAAAUCAUUCAAUUAUUGUGCCAAAUUUUAUGACCUUUGGCGUAGUGCAAGGUUAUAAACUCAUUUUUACAAAUAUCGGUAAUAUUUCAAAUAUUGUGGCUACUUCAGAGCCAUUUGACAUCAAAGCCGCUGGCAGCGAACCAUCUACCUAUGAACCUCCUAAGCCCAAUGUUAGUACGACAACGUCAGCAGCCACCCCUACAGGCAGUACAAGUAGUACAAGCAAGCCGAGCAGUUCAAUAAUGCUGAGUCCAAGAGCAUGUUUGAAUGCUCUGUUUAUCAUUGCGGCCGUAAUGCUGUCAUAUUAA